GCCAGUUUUGCCUAGCCAACAUCUCCCUCCACCAAUCACCAUGGCCUUUGACGGAACCUGGAAGGUUGAUAGAAAUGAAAACUAUGAGAAAUUUAUGGAAGUUAUGGGUGUAAAUAUAAUGAAACGGAAGCUGGGAGCACACGACAACCUGAAGAUCAUAAUCCAGCAAAAUGGAAACAACUUCACAGUAAAAGAAUCCAGUACAUUCCGUAAUAUUGAUAUCACGUUUACUCUUGCACAGCCCUUUGAGUAUUCUCUGGCUGAUGGAACAGAACUCAAUGGCUCAUGGUUCCUACAGGACAACCAGCUUCUUGGAACUUUCACCAGAAAAGAUAAUGGAAAAGUCCUGCAAACUACUAGACAAAUCAUUGGUGAUGAACUUGUUCAGACAUAUGUUUAUGAAGGUACAGAAGCUAAAAGGAUUUUCAAGAGAGGCUAAGUGUUAUUAUUGGGCAGAAGAAACAACCGCUGACACACUGGGGAUACAACAACUAAACACUAACAUUAACAAAUGUAUUGACAUGACAGGCCAUCUAUUGUAAAUAUUAUUGGUAAAGCAGUUUCAAAAUUCCCCUAGGAUUUUUGUAUUUUUCAUAUUAUUCAAUAAACGUGGUUCUUGAGA